AUGCUCCACUCCCGCCUCCGACCCCUCCCCCGCCGCCGUACGCCCUUAUCUUCCUCCCCAUCAGCCCCUCCUCCCGAUUUCCACGAUGAGGACUCCGUUGAGGACGAAUCUCCCGAGGACCUCUUUGGAGCUUUCCUUCCCCACCUAUUUCCAGAUGAUGCUCCCUCUUUCCACGGUGAUCCUGGGCAGCACCUCCUGUACAGCUCCCCGCGCUAUGGCGCUCUUGAUAUCAUGGUCCCCUCCUACCCCCAGCAGAGCGACAAUCACUCGGAAGAGAUCGCAGCAGGUCUCCCCCGCGCAGAUGGGAAAGUAAACGAUGUGGACCAAGGGCGAAGGCUGUUUGCACACUUUCUAUGGAGUGCCGCCAUGGUGGUCGCAGAGGGGGUUGAAAACGCAGAGCAGCUCUCUUCGGUGGGACAAUUGGAUUCCGACACGGCGAUGUGGAACGUUACGGGGGAGAGUGUGCUUGAAUUGGGCGCUGGUGCCGCAUUACCAUCUGUGGUCUGUGCCCUUGCGCAAGCCUCUACGGUUACCAUUACCGACCAUCCCUCUUCUCCCGCCUUUGCUGGCGCCAUCGCCUUCAACGUCGACCACAACGUCCGCAAGUCUUCCUGCACUACCGAGGUUAUUAUUAAACCCCAUGAGUGGGGAACACUAGAGAGCGAUCCCUGGGCCGUCGAGAAGAAAGGAACCUUCACCCGGAUCAUCGGCGCGGAUUGCUACUGGAUGGCCUCGCAGCACGAGAACCUCGUGAAUACGAUGAAAUGGUUCCUUGCACCUGGCGGCAAGGUCUGGGUGGUUGCCGGGUUUCACACCGGGCGAGCCAUCGUGGCCGGGUUCUUCGAAACUGCAGUGAACAACGGACUGGAGAUUGAGCGGAUCUAUGAACGGGAUCUCAAUUCCGGGACGGAAGACGGGAAGGAGGUCCGUCGGGACUGGGUACCUGAGCGGGAGGGCGAAGGCCCCGAAAACCGCAAGAGAUGGUGUGUAGUUGCUCUCCUCAGGAGAAAGGGAGAGUAG